AUGGAGAACUCAACAGAGAUUGUGUCAUUUGUUUUGGGUAUGUAUGCUAACAUGGGACAGUUAAAGUACCUGUCUUUCACUCUGGCAAUGCUAUUUUACAUAUCAGUUAUUUUUGCCAACACUGUUCUUAUUGUCAUUGUUUUUCUUGACAAAAAUCUGCAUGAGCCCAUGUAUCUAUUCCUGUGUAAUUUAUUUAUUAAUGAAAUAUAUGGCAGCACGUCUUUGUUGCCCUGCUUGAUGGUACAAAUCUUGUCAGAGACUCAUGACAUUUCGGUCUUUCACUGCUUCCUUCAGAUAUUUAACAUUCAUACAUAUGUAGCUAUUGAAUUUGGAACAUUAACAAUAAUGGCAUAUGACAGAUAUGUGUGUAUUUGUAAGCCUUUACAUUACAAUGCCAUAAUAACCAAAAGGAAAGUACAAGUUGUCAUACUUAUUAUCUGGAUAGUUUCCUUUGUGGAGGUUGGAGUUUUAUUGUCUUUUACUAUUCGUCUGAAGCGUUGUGGGACUGUUAUCAACAAAGUAUUUUGUGCACAUCACCUUGUGGUUGAACUUUCUUGCUCAUCAGACAGAACAGUAUCACUUAUUCACGAUCUGGUUUUUGGCCUUAUUUUUACUGUAGCUGCUCCUGUCAGUUACAUUUCAUACAGUUAUGUAAAGAUUUUGACUGUGUGUUUAAAAGCUUCCAAAGAGACCAAAAUGAAGGCCUUGGAUACCUGCACUCCGCAUUUAGUUUCACUCGUUAGCUUUGUUUUUGCCUGUUUUUACAGUUUGAUUACUCAGAGGUUUGACGUGUUCUCAGUUCCAUACCCUCUCUGUGUUUUCUUGUCUAUGUAUGUAGUGAUCAUCCAGCCUCUGCAAAAUCCAAUCAUGUACGGUCUUAAACUGUCAAAAAUUAGACAUGCUUGUAAAAAAUUUUUGACAUUAAAAACAUCGCAACUCUACAUUUUCAUGGAGAGCAUUUAA